AUGAUGCCGAGCCUGCUUUUCCCAACAUUGGGCAUAUUGUGUCUUUACCUACUUGGUCUAUUGACUCGAUGGGUCCAACGGUAUCGAGAAAUCUCUACGAACAAUCGUCUACCUGCGCUGGGAAAUCGUGCUGAGAUCGUGCCCGCAGAACCUUUCAACCUAAGCCUGACAAAACCGCCAAAGCUAUGUCCUUUUAAACCAAAUUAUCAUUUGACCAUGGGCAUCGAAAGUCUAGAUACAAAUGAUCUGUUACUUUUCGACCAGACUUACCCCGAGCGCAUCCGCCUCCGUCGAUCUCUUCUUUGUGAAUACCCAAAAGACAUUAUCGGGGUUACCGAUGAUUUAAAUGCGCGGAUUCGUCUCGCCGUGCAAGAACUAUACCGCUAUCUGUUCCAAAAUUACCUACCCUGCCGCUACCCUUCACAGUUUCGACUGUGCGGCGAGAGUGGCAAAGAUCUGGUUGAGAACCUGGUCACCCAUGAGAAGAUAGUGACGGAGAUUGACGCUUCUAUCGCUCUCCGUGAAGCUCUGGAAACGAUUGCCGGGAGUAUCGACGAAGACUUUUUCAUUCUCUUACCCUAUCAUCCCAAAGACUCAAAAAGCUCGCAUGAAACAUAUGUACUUGAAGCAUAUGCAGCUUGUUUCCCGUCGGGGUUUCAACCCAGAGAGAAGAUUGGAAAGAAAUUAGCUGACAUCCACGAGCCCGUCCCAGGGUACCGAGAGAAGUUGGAAAAGAGCAUGGAUCGAUUCUUUGCCCGGUUGGAGGUAGGGCGUCUUGUCAAACGAGUCAAUUGGAGUUUGACUGUGGAUGAAGAACUGUACUCCAACUUUGACAAGGGCGGCACUGCGCUCAAAAUAAAGCCGGACAAGCUGGCCCUGGAAGAUCUGAAUCUGCAGAAAACAUUUGUGCGCUGUGAGCGACAGACUCUACAUCGUCUGCCAGAGUCCAGGGCCAUCGUUUUCGCUUUCCAUACCUACUUGUACCCUAUUCAAGAAAUCAAGGCGGAGGGGAAUGGAGAAGUUCUUGCUGCUGCAAUUGAUGGGUUACAGGGUUCAAAAAUUCCUGGCAUCUUCACCUAUAAGAACGGGGAGAAAUGGGCAGACGCUGUCAGGGAAUUCCUCCGCAGCUGA